AUGUCUUCAUCAUGCGGUUUUCGGCUCGAGGCUAAGGAUUAUUGGCCGCAUUUUCAGGAUGCCGGAGCUCUCAACGCCUGGGUGAUCGACUCAGAUGGGGAUGUCGAACGAGCUCGAUCUCAAGCGUUUCAGUUGCGGCAGGGAAAAUACCCAAGCUUCGAACUUCCGGAAGUAACAGAUGAGCAGCACGUGCAGGGCAUGAGCAGCUUUCUCCAAGCUAUUGGAUAUAGUAGUCACAUCAAUGCGGCUGAUGCUGCCGGAGCAUUGAAGUACGAUGCUUGGAAGAUGGCCAAAAUAGGCAUCACGGCUGACUAUGUCCGAAAUGCACAGUCAAAGGCACGUCAUCAGAGAAAGAAAUUAGCUCAGAGUAGGAGUUAUACUUAUCAGUGUCCUAAAAUGAUAGCCAAGCUUGGUACGGCUGCCCUUGACUUGACUCCAGAAUGCAAGGCCAGACUGGAGAAACUGAGAAAUUUCCCAAAUGACCUAAACCAGUGGAGGCGGUUUCAUGAGGAGUUUGGCUUAUUUAUUUGUCCAAUCGUAACAUUCGGCGGAGCCAUCUACUCUAGUAGAAGCUUCGAACGUGUGGGUGAAGGGGAAAGCGAUCGGCAAGAGGGCGGAAAAAUUGCCUCUGGGGAGGCGAUGUUUCAGUCUGGACCAUGGCUCUAUGACUUGGACAUGAAAUUUUCAGCACAUUCAGAGGAAGAUUUGUCCCAGGAUUCGUUCAGCAUCUCUCGAACCGCCACCAAAGCUGGCCUUUGGGUAAAAUUUGGUGGUAGAGAUCCCCGUUCCAAUCUCCAAGAAUGGACCGAAGAGUUAAAGGAUGUGACGACAUGGCGUAUCAUACGCCGAUCUAAGCCAACCAUGCUAUUGGACGUCAUUCCUGACAUUCCCGGAAUGGAAUGGGUCACAGACUGCUUUCAGCUCCCACAACAUCCCAUCCGUCCUUUGACUGAACUAGCAGUCCCAAGCCUUUCAAGAUCACCACAUCCUCAAAGUCAAUUCGCCAUUGAGACUCUAGAUGAGACAAAGGGCAAUGUAACUCUCUUGCUAUUCCAAAAUUCGUUGAAUCAUCUCGUACUGGUCACUCUCGGGAUUCUCAACUCCUUUGCGGAAACUCCCAUAGUGAGCAGCCAAGUAGCUCCUGGAACACCCCUAGCGAUAGGUUUGGGUAGAGUUAAAGACUCGAAGUUAUCCUCAUCAACAAUCCAGAUCUACGUAUUCUUUGCAGAUGAGAAGUACUAUCUUCGAGACAUGGUCUACUCUGUUCAGCAGGGCAGAUGGUUCAAGGGGCAUCUGCAGCAAAGCAAGAUCAAAGUUCAUCAGAACUCAGCACUCUUAUCCCUCGGUUUGCGCGUUUAUUUCCAGGAUUCGAAUGGAGACAUACUCAGCAUUGAGAUGCAUGAGGAUGAAGAGAUGAAUGAAGACAAAUGGGAAGGACCGUUCAAUUUGCAUACCAGAGAGUCCUUCCCUUUACAACAGGCCUGGAUUGGCACACCUAUAUCAGGAAAGUUCACGAAGUACUGCGAUACUCAGGGUUUCCAUGAAAGGGUAGUACUUUAUUACCUAUCAUCUCAGGGAAGACUAGUCAGAGGUAUCGACGGGUUCAGUCAGAAAUAUCAUGACCAAGGAAUCCCAGGCGUGGAAAAUCCGCAAGCGUCUGCAUGGCAGGAAUCUCCUUGGGCGAAUUUUGAACAAGAGGGUGCGUUGUGUCCGGACUUUUCUAUGGCGCCAGAUCACCCCGAACGGGCAACUCCGCCAAUUGUGUUUCGAACCGCUAAAGGGUUCUUGAACAUGUGCUGGCAAAGUAAAGAAAAUGAGUCACGAUGGGUGGAACACCUAAGAAUCUGCCAGACGUUGCCUGGAAGUCAUUUCCGUUUACAUUUCUGUUGUCUGCACUCUUGCUACGAGACAGCGUGUAUUUUCUUUUUCUCUCAGGCUGGAAAACUGGAGAUGAUCGAAAUAGACCCGCAUGUGUCGGAGGACACACCGUACAUUUCUCAGCGUACCAUCGUCGACGAAACCUGUGGCACUAAGCCGUGGAAGCGGUUAAUUAUGGAUACUGGUGAUUCCAGUAGUGAUUGUAGUUCUCGCAGCGAUUUAACAGAAGUGGGUUAG